AUGAAAAUUUGCAUUUGGCGUUUGGAAUUGGGUAAUUUCCCUUUCAUUUUUGUUGCUUCAGCCGCCGUCUCAAUCUCCCUCCCACUCACUCUCGAUCUUUCUCUCCCCUCUGAGUGUAUCUCCGGCCGUCGCACCUUCACGCACCCAACCGCCGGUAAGCUGAUCAAACUUUCCCACUCUUUCCCUCUCUCCGUUUUCAACCUCUCUCUCUCUCUCCCUCGAUCACCGUCAUCCCUCCAACCGCCGAUGGUCAUACGCCGCCACGCCGUUACCUUUGGCCAGCAAGUGAUCCACGCGAAUCACCCUUCUCCGAAAGUUGCUGAAAUCUCGUUCAUGGCUUUGCGUUCAGUGACUAGAAGGAUUGGAAGUAAAUUUUUUCCGAUGUUUUCUUCGGCCAAUCUAUUACAUUCACAUGCUACAAGUUUUGGAUUCAAAGAAGUGCCUGAGGAGGAAAAAAGCCGACUUGUUGGUAAUGUCUUCAGCAAUGUUGCUUCAAAUUAUGAUCUGAUGAAUGAUUUGAUGAGUGGUGGGUUGCAUAGAUUGUGGAAAGACAGACUUGUUUCCGAGCUAAAUCCUUUUCCUGGAAUGAACCAUCUUGAUGUGGCUGGUGGUACAGGUGAUGUUGCUUUCAGGAUUCUAGACCGUAUUAAUGAUGUGAAACGUAGAGCAAUGCAGGAUGUUCGAGAAGAUGAUUUGCAGGAACAAACUCAAGUAUAUGUUUGUGACAUCAACCCACAUAUGUUAAGCGUUGGUAAAAAGAGAGCCACUGAGAGGGGUCUGGGAGAAGGAGGAUCUCUUAUAUGGGUGGAAGGAGAUGCAGAAGCUUUAAGUUUUCCAGAUAAUUCAAUGGAUGGUUACACAAUUGCAUUUGGAAUUAGAAAUGUUACUCACAUUGAAAAAGUUCUAGAUGAAGCUUAUAGGGUUCUAAGACGAGGAGGAAGAUUUCUUUGCCUUGAGCUAAGCCAUGUUGAAGCUCCUCUAUUUAAGGAAUUAUACGACUACUAUUCGUUUUCUAUCAUUCCAGCUGUUGGAGAGCUAGUUGUUGGUGACCGGGAAUCUUAUCAAUACUUAGUUGAAAGCAUCCGUAAAUUUCCCUCACAGGAGAAAUUUGCUUCCAUGAUUGUAGACGCAGGCUUCCAGAAGGUCGAAUAUGAAAAUCUUGUUGGAGGAGUGGUUGCUAUCCAUUCAGGCUUGAAACUUUAGAGAACUCAGCUAAGCUUUUGCAUCCACUUAUAUAAGUUAUAACUUCAUAGCCAACAAGCUGCUUCACUUUUGCUAAUCUUUUGAUCCAAUAAAAUGUCUAAUAGAUCUUCAAAAACGAGUCCCCAGCUACUUCCUCACCUUAGCAAUGUAAGGCAAUGGCUCCUUCACUAAAAUAUAUAUAGUUGAACUGUUGCCACUCUUUUUCCCCAAGUUCGAUUAAGAUUUAUUUAUUUAUUUAUUUUAGCUACAAUGAUGGUGGGGAUGAGGCAUCGAACCUUCUAAAUAGAGAGAGUAUAUGUCAAUUACCAAGCUUACUUUAACUGGUUGGUUACCAUUUUGUAACUGUAUUUAGAAUAGCACAAAAGAAAAACAUGGUUAUUAAGAACUUAUUAUAAGCUUGGUUUUUUUUAAUAGUAAGGGGGCGUUUGAGCCUCCAUUUACAUGUAGGUGGAGUGAGCAUUUGGGGCUCCAACUAUUAAAACUACUCAUUUCUAUCAUAAAUACUAUGUUGUAAUUUACAAUCAAAAUCUUCUUUUGCUGUA